AUGAGAAACUAUUGCCUAACUACUACAGCACUCCUUGCCACUCAGGUGCUCGCCUCAAUCAAUGGAGGGUUAACAAAUGAGACAACUUGCAGUCAACUUGGCGGGAAAGUUUUCAUCCGUGACAAUAUCAAUCUCACCACCGUCAUAGAGAAUUACUGGUCAGCCCAGCCACAAGAGCAGAAUCCGGCCUGUGUCGUUCUGCCCACGACUUCAGCAGACGUCUCAACAGCUGUGCAGAUCUUGAGCAUGGGACUAAAACACGGCCUGAGCAAUUGCCACUUUGCUAUUCGCAGCGGAGGACAUACACCCGAUGCAAAUAUCAAUAAUAUUGAUGAUGGGGUCACCUUGGACCUCCAGAAUCUGAAUGUUGUGCAGCCAAAUGCCGCGAAGACCCUAGUGGCCGUUGGCCCUGGGAACCGGUGGUCUGAUGUUUACACAGUCCUGGAUCCUUUGAACCUAACUGUUGCUGGCGGUCGCUCUGAAACUGUAGGUGUUGGCGGACUAUUGCUAAGUGGUAAGAUUUUUGCUGUUCAGACUUGCCUUGUGAAAUUUUCUAAAAAUAUUGUGCUAGCCAAUGGCUCAAUCGUUAAUGCUAAUGCGACUUCCCACCCGAGUCUAUAUCGAGCGUUAAAGGGAGGCUCAAAUAACUUUGGAGUCGUCACUCGCUUUGAUCUACGAGCCAUCGAAACCGGGCUCUUCUGGGGAGGCCUCGCAUCAUAUAAUAGUUCGUCACUUCCCGCGCUCGUCAAGGCAUAUACAGAGUUUAGCAAAAGCGAGAACUACGAUCCAGCUUCUCAAAUUACACUUCUUCACGGAAUUUAUCAUAAUACAAGCAUCGUUAUGAUGCAUCAACAUUACACGAAGUCGAUCGUCUCACCACCCGAGGCUGUCUUUGCCAAAUUCGGCGGAGACACGACGAACACUUUUCGAGUUGACAGCCUUCUGAACUUCACUAUUGAGUUGGCCGCACCAACAGACAACGGCACUGUUAGAAAGGCUUUUGCCACCACGACAUUCAAGAACAACGCCAAAAACUUACAAGGGUUUGUAGACAUGUGCAACGCUACCAUAGCCAGCCUUAUAUCUAUUCCCGAGCUACAGUUCACCUCAAGCUACCAGCCCUUUGGACAGUACAUCAGCUCUCAUGCAAAAGAUACUGGAGGCAAUCUUCUCGGUCUAGAUGCAAGCGAUGGUGAUAGAGUGUUGGUUGGCCUAACAGUACAGUGGCAAGGCGCUGAAAAUGACGACAUAAUGACUAGCGCUAUACAGCAGCUCAUCAAGGAUGGAAACGAGCUAGCAGUCAGUUUGGGCGCUGAUGAUGAUUAUAUAUUCAUGAAUUAUGCAUCCAAAUGGCAGGAUGUAUAUGGUGGGGUUGGUUCGGCUAAUUUAGAGGAGCUCAGGAGGGUCAGCCUGAAAUACGACCCGAUGCAAGUGUUUCAAAAAGGAGUUCCGGGAGGGUUCAAAUUAUUUAACUGA